AUGUCUCAAACGGAGACACAGACUCAGAAGUCACACUUCGGUGUGGACUUCCUCAUGGGCGGUGUUUCUGCUGCCAUUGCAAAGACGGGUGCUGCCCCCAUCGAACGGGUGAAGCUGUUGAUGCAGAACCAGGAGGAGAUGCUCAAGCAGGGCUCGCUGGACUCGCGGUAUCUGGGCAUAGUGGACUGCUUCAAGAGGACGGCGAGGCACGAAGGUAUUGUGUCGUUUUGGAGGGGUAACACGGCCAAUGUUCUUCGGUAUUUCCCCACGCAAGCGUUGAAUUUUGCUUUCAAAGACAAAAUCAAGUCGGUGCUGAGCUAUGACAGGGACCGGGAUGGGUACGCCAAGUGGUUUGCCGGUAAUCUGUUCUCCGGUGGGGCGGCCGGUGGUUUGUCGCUGCUGUUUGUGUAUUCGCUGGACUAUGCAAGAACAAGGCUUGCUGCGGAUGCUAGGGGGUCGAGGUUGACCUUGCAAAGACAGUUUAGCGGGCUGCUGGAUGUGUAUAAGAAGACGCUGAAGACGGAUGGUGUGUUGGGGCUGUACCGCGGGUUCAUGCCCUCUGUGGUGGGCAUCAUCGUGUACCGGGGUCUGUACUUUGGUUUGUACGAUUCUUUCAAGCCCGUGCUGUUGACGGGUGUUCUGGAGAGCUCCUUCAUUGCCUCGUUCUUACUGGGCUGGGUCAUCACCGUGGGGGCCUCCACUGCAUCGUAUCCCCUGGAUACCGUGAGAAGAAGGAUGAUGAUGACGUCGGGCCAGGCUAUCAAGUACAACGGCGCCAUGGACUGCUUGAGGAAGAUCGUGCAACAAGAGGGUGUCUACUCGCUGUUCAAAGGCUGCGGUGCUAACAUAUUCAGAGGUGUGGCCGCUGCCGGCGUCAUCUCCUUGUAUGACCAGUUGCAGCUGAUAAUGUUUGGCAAAAAAUUCAAGUAA